AUGCGUCGUGGGUGAGUGAUAUGCGAUGCGAGCUCUUUGGACAGCUGUAUAGACAGCUGAUUGAAAAUUUCAAGUGAUAAGUAUUCACUAUUCAGUGAUUUGAGUGAUUCAUCUCAACUCUCAAGAAUCAUCAAUCAAGAGUCAAGACCAAGAAACAGAAGUGAUCAUUUUAGAGUGGAUUGCACGGUUUAUUCAAUUCUUAUUUCAUUGUUAGAGAGGUAUUAUCAUUACACUGAUGUACUUCAGCGAUGAGCCAAAAUCAACACCUUCCAUCCGCAUCUAAUUCCAAAACAGAAACCUCCAUUGUGGAUAAUCACUGUCUCGUUGAUGUCAAAUAUGGGAAAUUCUCUCAUUUAUGGACAAUCAAACAUUUUCAACAAUUCCAUUGCUCUGUAAGUGAAGUUCUGAAGUCGACAGCAUUCAGUGUUUCUACACAUCCUGAGUAUAAGUGGUACUUGGAAUUGGAAAUCAAAAACACGAAGCCCGACUGUGGCGACUAUUUCGGAUUAUACUUACAUCUUGAUAGGGAAAAUACCGUUGAUGUAUUAGUUAAAGCGAAAUUCUGUUUAUUAGAUGGUGAACGAAAUGAAGUAUCCACUCUUCGGUAUUCUAAAAUUUUUGAAAAUAAUACUUCGAAGGGUCGUGAUUCUCGUUGGGGAUAUCCCACAUUCAUUUCAAAAGCAGUAUUGCUGAAUCCAAAUCCAACUCUGGGCAAAGAAAGAUUACCCGAAGACACGUUGACAGUUCUUUGCGAAGCGAAAUUCUAUGUUGUAAACAGUACCACUACCGAAACAGUGCAUUGGCAUGGAAUACAAUCCACGAUCAACGACAAUAAUCUCUCAACGAGUAUGGAACAUUUAUUGCAUAGUCAAGAUUCAAUUGAUGUAAAAUUUUCAUUGGAUGGAAAGAAUUUCGGUGCUCAUAAACUCAUUCUAUCGGCGCGUAGUCCUGUUUUCGCAGCUAUGUUCAAACACAACAUGUUGGAAAAUCAACUCAACGAGGUAAAGAUAUCGGACAUAAAUCCUGAAGUAUUUGAAGAAUUUUUACGGUUCUUGUAUUCCGAUAAAAUCUCAGAUCUGAGGAUGGCACGUGAUUUACUUGUAGCAGCUGAGAAAUAUAAUGUCGAUAGUCUAAAACUUCUUUGCGAAGAAAUUAUGGUGCGGGAUUUAUCAGCGAAAAACGCCACUGAUUUUUUAGUGCUCGCUGAUUUAUAUCGAGCUGAACGACUGAAAAAACAAGUUAUAUUUUAUAUCAAAACGCAUCCUGCUAAUAUAAUGUUAACCGAGUCGUGGAAAAAUACAAUUAUAGCGCAUCCUCAUUUAUUCGACGAGGUGAAUGGACCUUUCGUGUCGACAGAUUCUCAAUUAUCGAAGAGUUCCUCGGAAACGACGACUACGUAAGCCUUAGCAUUUGAAGAAAAUGAUUCAAGUUUAAAUCUACCUAAUUGUUUUUCAUUGUGUUCUCAAAUGAUUUUGUUCUAGUGUUUAAUUUUAUACUUAGGUUAAUUCAAGUUUGGUAAUAAAGAAACCUACUCAAGUA